UCUCGCGAGACGAGUGUCAGUGGCGCGAACAAACAAGUGUUCCGGCGUCGCUGUGUGGUUGUGUCGAAGCGUUUUUAGUAAGAGUCUGAGUUUACUCCGCCUGAGUCUCUUUACAUUUUCUUUUAAAAGUAAAAUUGCGGCGUGUUGUUCGGCCAUACUCGGUGUUUGUCGUUUGACUUCGUCUUAAUAAAAAGUCACAGCAUGUCGGACGUUUUGUCGGACGCUGGCAGCGACAGCAACCACGAUGACAGCCAGGAGGAUGUUAUGACGCCCGCAGAGCUGAUCGCUAAACUAGAAGAAGCUUGGCUCAACGAGAAGUUCUCCCCGGAGCUGCUGGAGAACAAGUCGGAGGUGGUGGAGUGUGUGAUGGAGCAGCUGACUCACAUGGAAGCCAACCUGCAGCGGGUGAAGAAAGGUGACGCGAAGGCCAGCGUCCAUCGUAUGGAAAUAGACAGGAUUCGCUUCGUCCUCAGCAGCUACCUGCGUUCCCGUCUGCAGAAGAUUGAAAAGUUUUUCCCGCAUGUGCUUGAGAGAGAGAAGUCUCGAGGCGAGGGAGAGCCAUCUCUGCUUUCACCGGAGGAGUUUGCCUUUGCCAAAGAGUACCUCGCUAACACAGAAACCUACCUGAAGGCUGUGGCCCUGAAACGCAUGCCGCCCAACUUGCAGACAGUGGAUAUGCUCAAAGCGGUUCCUGAGCCGUGCUUGGAUUCCUUUGUGUUUUUGCGUGUGAAGGAGAGGCAGGAAAACAUCUUGGUGGAACCUGAAACAGACGAUCAGAGAGAGUAUGUUGUGGAUCUUGAGGAGGGCUCUCAGCACCUAAUGCGCUACAGAACUAUCGCGCCACUUGUUUCAAGUGGAGCUGUGCAGUUGAUUUGAAUGUGGAAGUUCUUCUCAUGUGAAUGCUUUGUCCCCAGAAGAUCCUAAGAUGAGAUGAGUCAUUUCUUUUGAGGAGCACUCAUGGGAACUGGGCAGCUUAACCUGCAGAGAGGAAACUCGUCCUUCUUCCUACUGUCGACAGAAUUAGGGAUGAACAUGCAGGCUGCAAACACAGACACGUUUUUGGGCACCAUGGCCCCAAGAAAUGUAAUGCAGUGGAAAAUAUUAACAGAGCAUAAGGUCACUACUGAGAGAAGUGCGAAGUGAGUGCUGUGAUGGCAACUUGUUCUGCAGUGCUGUGAGGUUAUUUUUGGAUCAUUUUAAUCAUGUCACAGCAUAAGUUUGGGUAAAUAAUUCAAAUGUAUUCUGGUUAGUAAGACUUGUAAAUACUAAUACAUGGAUUCAUCUUUGUGUUAGCAUGUCCAGAUGGACUUUGCUUUACUCUUUACUCAGUUCAUGGUUUGUUGUUGUAGCGUGUGCGUGCGUGCGUGUGUGUGUGUGUGUACUUUAUGAUGAUGUGAAGAACAUUGUCACUUCUGAGAUAUAAUUGUUUUAACAUCAUUGUUAUGUAAGACAUUCAGAGGAAGCAAUCAGUGCUUAUUGUUUGCCCUUGAUUAAAUACUACAUAAUUGGAACUAAUAGGGGACUGUGGACUUGAACUGAACUCUGUCGACAGGCUGACGACUCAUAUCUGAACUGCUACUGCCUUAAAUCAAAUAAAUUCAGAUCAAAAGGGGUAAUUAUUAAAACCAAAUCCAUACAUUUUAAAGUGAAAUUUUGUGAUUUAAUUCCAUAUUUUAUUAAACACAUCAACCCG